AUACAGACAGGACUUACAUUUUUGUUCCAAGCGAUUUGCCUCUCACUGUUAUUACCAUCCAUUAACCCGACAUAACCUAGCCUCCGGCAAUGGAGUAAUUUGGCGGAAAUAAAAUCCCCGUGUUUUUCUCUUUCUGUAUCAGUGGACUUAAAAAAGGAGGGAAACCAAACCCUAAAUAAAAAAACCCAGUCCCACUCUUCUCAAAUCUUACUUGUUGUAUAGUUCAAAUGGCCUAACAUCUCUUCUCAAAUUAAUUCUCAUUUCUUAUACCUCCUUACUUGUUUACUUUCUCAGUAAGCGUUUUUUUGGUUGGUUCUUGUUUCUGGCUUUCAACCUCCACAGGUUUCUAUGGCCAGGUUUCUUCGAAACGGUCCGUUGCUUAAACGUGCUCUCCUAUUACCCCAGGAUUUGCAGGGACUUAAGGGAGGAAUGUUUGGAGGUUCUUCUUGGUUUUGUAACUAUUCAUCUAAAGGUAAAAGGAAAUCCAAGUCAGAUGGAAGUGACUCCAACGAAGAAAAUAUGUCUAAGAAAGAGCUUGCCUUGCAGCAAGCUUUGGAUCAGAUUACUAGCUCAUUUGGGAAAGGAUCAAUUAUGUGGCUUGGUCGGUCUGUAUCUUCUAGACAUGUUCCAGUGGUGUCCACAGGUUCUUUUGCAUUGGAUGUAGCACUAGGAAUUGGUGGGCUCCCUAAGGGACGUGUUGUGGAGAUAUACGGUCCAGAGGCUUCAGGAAAAACAACUCUUGGACUACAUGUAAUUGCUGAGGCACAAAAACAAGGAGGUUAUUGUGUUUUUAUUGAUGCUGAGCAUGCUCUUGAUCCAUCAUUAGCUGAGGCUAUUGGAGUAGACACAGAGAAUUUGCUUCUUUCACAACCUGAUUGUGGUGAACAAGCUUUGAGUCUUGUGGAUACCCUGAUCCGAAGUGGUUCUGUUGAUGUAGUUGUUGUUGACAGUGUAGCAGCUUUAGUGCCUAAAAGUGAACUUGAUGGUGAGAUGGGUGAUGCUCACAUGGCAGUGCAGGCUAGAUUGAUGAGUCAGGCACUUCGGAAAUUGAGCCAUUCUUUAUCAUUAUCACAGACCAUUUUAAUUUUUAUAAAUCAGGUGCGGGCAAAGCUCUCUACUUUUGGAGGCUUUGGUGGGCCCACUGAAGUUACAUGUGGUGGUAAUGCCUUGAAGUUCUAUGCUUCAGUUCGCUUAAAUAUUAAGAGAAUAGGGCUUGUCAAGAAGGGUGAAGAGACUAUUGGAAGUCAAAUACAGGUAAAGAUUGUUAAGAACAAACUUGCCCCUCCUUUUAAAACUGCUCAGUUCGAGAUUGAGUUUGGCAAGGGUAUAUCCCGAGAAGCGGAGAUAAUUGAGUUGGCUCUAAAAUAUAAAUUCAUAACCAAGUCUGGUUCAUUCUUUGGUCUUAAUGGUCAGAGUUUUCAUGGUAAGGAUGCCCUUAAAAGGUUUCUGUCUGAGAAUGAUAGUGUGAGGGAAGAUCUUGUAACAAAGCUCAAAGAGAAGCUUCAAAUCUCUGACAAGGAACCAGAGGCUGAGGCUACUGCCCAAGUUACAGUUACACCUGAUAGUACUGAUGAGGAAGCAGUAGCUGCCGUUGAGGCUUAGGUGUACAAAUGUCUUAAACAUUGAUUGAAGCUCACAUCAUUUCAUUGGUUGGGUUCAUUAUUCUAUGGGACUUCUUGUUGCUUCAAUGAUUUAUUAGUUGCAUGCGGGAAUUUUACUGCAGAGGUCAGUGAAGAAGAAGAAUUGAUCGGCACAGGUGAAGGCCCUUUGUUUAUAACUGAAUGCUAUCCUGCUUAUGAUGAAUUACUUGAGUUUGCGACUUAUAUUCUGAAUUUCGACGUGUCAGCAACAUAUAUCCAGGCUAUGUAGUGAAUGAUAGUUUUGUGGGACAGGAGUGACUUGGGAGAAUGCUGGCCAUUGUCCAAAUUUUCAAUCAUAUUCAUUACUAAUUGUUAAAUGUUCGCUACAUUUUGUAUGUUAUGAAAUAGUGAUAGAAAUUGCAAAUCAUAGAAACAAUCUUAUUCCUUUUGUA